AUGGCGGUGGCCGACGUCGCCGACAAAGACAAAGAGAAACUUAUUUUUGUGCCAUCGAAAAGUGUGACCUUUAUGCCAAAUUGUUCCAAACAAAUGGCUGAAAUGACAAUUACCAACGAAUCAGACAAAACUUAUAUGUUCAAAAUGAAGAGCACACGACCAGGAAUGUUCAAAAUGCGACCUGUCUAUGGCGCAAUUCAACCUACUGAAAAAUGUACGGUUAAAUUAAUUUUCAAAGGUUUGAAACCAGGACAGGAAGCGCCAAGAAAAGAAAGAUUCACUGUAGUAACUGCUGUAUCCCCAUCUGCCACUGUCAAUGUAGAAAAGGUUUGGAAGAUGCAGAAAUACCAAGAAAAACUGUGCGAAGGUGAUGUGCAAAAGAAAAAAUUCAAAAUACUUUUCUUUGGCAUAAAUGAUCAAGAAGAAGACGAAGAGGAGAACAAGGGUGAAAAGAAGGUUUCGGCAGAGAAACUCAAAUCGGCGGAGAAAGCUGGAGAGAGGAAGAAGGAAAGCGACAAAGGCGGAAAGGACAAGGAGAUUAUUCACGAAAAGGAGAAGUAUGUGGAGAAACAGAUCAUAGUAGCAGGAGCAGAUAAAGACAAGGAGAAGGGAGCAUCAAAAGAAAAGGGAGCCUCGAAAGAGAAGGUUACAGAAGCUAAGACUGCUGUACUGAUUGGUCAAGGUGGUGCUGCUGGACAGGGUAAGGAAACCUCAGCAACAAAGGAUAAGCAAGUCAUCAGAGAAAAGGAGGUCAUCACAAAUGUUAUAGUGAAGAAGGAGUUCGUACCAGCUCCGCAGAGGAAGAUAGUACUGAUGAUGUAUCGUGACCGUAAAGAAGAAGAUGAUUCACUUAGCGGCGAUGAUGACAACGAUGAUAUUUCAGCAUUGAAACCGUUGCCACAACCUGGGCAACCUGGUGCACCACCGCAGGCCACUCCCCCAGCACCAUCGAAGCCUCCUGCAUCGCAAGCAAAACCUACUCCUCCUCCUCCGCCAGCCAAACCUCCUGCAUCUCAAGCAAAACCUCCACCUCCUUCAGCGGCAGCUAAACCUGGACCAGUGACAGCUAAACCCAAUCCUAAAGGACCGACAGUUGCCCAACAGAAACAACUGGCAAAAGUGGAUGCAGCGCUUGGAGGCGCAAAGAAGCCAUCAACCGGGCCGGCUCAGAAAGCUCCAGCAAAAGUCAAGUGAAACUGUGCUCUGAACGAUAAAAUCACAGAUAUGAGAGCGAUAUAGUGAAAGUUUGAGAAUGUUAAUAUUAAGGAAUUAGAUGAGAUUAUCCUCACAAUCUGUAUAAAUGUCUGAUAGUAACUAUGUACUAGAUAAAUAUUGUAA